AUGCCCUUUUCUAUGGCCGAUCUAAACAAAAGAGAUGAAACAGCAUCAAAAAUUCCCGCCCCCGCAAAGGGAUUCGGCGCGCUGUUCGGCGGAGGCGGCUACGCAGAGGUUGUCUGCUGCCCAUUGAGCGUCAUCUUCUGGUCUGGAUACGCUAUUACAAAGAAGAUCAAAAAGAAGAGGCAAGAGAAGAAGGCCACGGCAGCGGAAGCGGAGGAGGAGGUAGCUGUCGGAAGCUCUGAUAGAACCAACCACAAGGAUGCGGAGAAAAUGGCUGAAGGGAGUCGAGCAAGCCAUGUCUCCCCGACGCCAAGUCCGGGCGAGGUAUCUGGGACCGCUCCACUUGAUCCGGCACUUCAGAAGCAUCCGAACAACCCACGGGUGUGCGACCCCGAGUGUCCGGGUUAUGGAAAGGACUUUUGUUUGGCACAUCAAAGGAAGGGAACUUCGCGCCCAACGAGCCCUGGUCUAUUAGCGGUCUAA